AUGGACACCUACACGACGUGGAAGAAGAACGCCCGCUUGCUCUAUCGCCAGCUUCACACGUCGGCACUAUUAUGGCCGUCGCCAAGUGUCGACUGGCUUCCCGACACGCUUGAUCCUAAUGGAAGGUACCCACAACAUCGGAUCUUGCUAGGCACCGAAUCCAAUUUGGUGAAUGCGACUGAAUCUCUGCUCAUCACGGGGACGAGUCUCCCCAAUUUCCAGCAUCCGUCAUUUCACGAGGUGGGGAACUUUGACUAUUCGAGUGAGCUCAAUGAGUUUCGUUCAUCGUUACCCAUUGAGAAACAGAGACACACCAACGAGCUUAUAAGGCCAACAGGCCCGGCCGGGACGGCCGGGACGGUGCCGCCAAGAGAACGGCUGAACCCUCAAUCUACAGAGACAUCAGAGUUACAAACACAGCUGCACUCUAUAGCGGCCGGAACAUCAGCAGAUGCUGCUGCUGACCUUGGAGGAGACAUGCAGCAGCAAGCCCAUGUGAGCAAUUCCAUAGGCCUUAUACAGAGAAUCCCCCAUUGUGGAGACAUAACGACCAUAAGACACUGUCCACAGAAUCCGGAUCUUAUAGCUACUGCGUCCAGUAAUGGUAAGGCAAGGGUAUUUGAUCGUACACGGAAACCACUGGGACUUACAAACACAGAAACAUACGAGGACACCGCCGACAUUGUUUUUGACUUUCACAGUGACGAUCUGUGGACUGUUGCUUGGAACCACGUGAAGGCAUACACUCUUGCCACGGGGGCCAAUGACAGCACCAUUGCAAUAUGGGAUCUCAACAGACAGUUCACCUCACCGGAGAGCAAAAACUCGACUUGCACAAUGACAAGCCCACAUAAGGUAUUUGCCAAUGUUCACCAAGAUGGUGUCAACUCGGUAGCAUGGAUCCCCACCCACGAUUCCCUGUUGCUCUCGGCGGGGGAAGACGGGAAUUGCAGACUCUGGGACACUAGGGGGAAAUGCGACUCUGCAGUAGUGGAACUGGCGUCUUGCAACGUCUCUGUAAACUCCAUUGAUAUCGAUAAAGCCCAUCCGUUCUCGUUUGCAGCCGGUGACAGUGCCGGCCACAUCCACUUCAUGGACCUCCGCCAAACUUCCUCCCCCUUGACGACAAAGAAAGACACCCAUUCCUCCUCGGUAACGGUUGUCAAAUACCACCCUUCCAAGAGUAUACUGGCCACAGCGUCAAUGGAUUCAACUGCAGUCCUUUGGUCGCCGCUCUCAGAACCGCUCUUCACCCACAGGGGCCAUAUACUCCCCGUGAAUGAUCUUGCCUUUGCCCCAUUGCAAGAGCGGAUACUCGUGGCAACGGCCUCUAACGAUAACUCCGUCCAUGUAUGGGAGCCUCUCCUUGAAUGA